AUGACGAACGCGCGUGAAGACAAAACCUUUAGCGGGAAGUACCGUGCACCAACAACGACAACAGCUCGCAAACAACCAGCAAAAGUCUUAACUAGCAACAAAAACUUCUUACAGAAGCGCAACGAUCUCAGCCGCCGAAACAGCAUUUCAAGUGGCCAAAAAGUGUCAAUUUUGCGGAAUGAUCAGGAAAUGAACAAUGACGGCAGUUACCGUUAUCAGUAUGAAACAGGCAACGGUAUUAUUGGCACGGAGCAAGGUACUGCUGGUGUGGCCAUACAAGGCACUUCCAGCUACGUCUCCCCCGAAGGUUUGCCAAUCAAAUUGACCUACACCGCGGACGAAACCGGCUACCAUCCGGUGGGCGAUCACAUUCCUAAAACACCCGACUACGUGCUACGAGCAAUCGAAUACAUACGCACACACCCCUUCAACUUUGGGAAAAUCGACGGAGUGACACCAAAGUUGUCUACAGAGAUUGUGCCACCGCUACGUACAUCAGCAUAUCCGGGAAAUUUGAACUACAAGGCUAGCAGCUUCAAUACACAAAAAACUGGUUUGACAAAGAACAGGAGGCAAAAAAAUACCAGCCGCAAUAAUUUAAAACGACGUAUUUAAAGGGUCUCUACAUUGUAGCUAGUGUAAAUUGGAUGCGUUACUGUAUUUAACCCUAGACUAAAAUGUAUUAUAUAUUAAAAUGUAUUAUAUAUCAAUCUCCACGUUUAUCUAUUGUUAACAUAACUCUAACUAGGAAAUUUUGAGACACCACCGAGAAAGAGCUCAUGCAUCCUCGGACAAUUUGAGCGCAUAGUGAGUCCAAAAUCUCACACUAAACUGUUAUAGUAGAUGUUCAUCUUGCCACAAUUGAGUAGCCAAUCGACUGCUUCCUAAAUGACAGCUAUGUACAUCUACCUCAAAAUACGCUAAAGUGAUCUGGAAACCUAACUUAGCGCUCCCAUGAC